AUGACUUCGAUUGGUGUACCUUACAUUCUUGAAGGUACUGAACCGAGGAGUCUGAGUGAAGAAAGCAAACGAUUAAAAACAGCUUCAUUACCGGGAAACAAUACUUCACAACUCGACAGCGAGGAUUCUGAGGAAGAACAAUGUGAGAUUUCUCGACACGAUCGUCUCACAGUCGAGAGAGAAUUCAACAAGGCACUUGAUGUUUACGAAGCAAUUGAUAGUGUUUUGCGGCAUAUUGAUUCGGAACUUCAUUCACUUUCACCUGAACAUAACAUACAAGAAAUAGUCAUCAUUUUUGGAACUACUGCCUUACACCCGAAAAAUGUUUUCAGAAUAGUGGUUCCUUCUGUAGAUUACAAUCAUUCAGAUUUGAGUCAUCCACCUCAAAAACUCCUCAACUGUCUUUUUAGGUCAAUGAUGACAUCAGACGAACUAAACACAAUUCUGGAUCAUCAAAUGUGCCCAACCAACACAUUCAUUCUGAUAAAAACAGACAGGAACACUACGAUAAAAUCGGACGUCUUCCAUCAGAAGGACCACUUCAGAAUACCUGCCAAGUCAGUUGGCUUGAAAUUUGUAUUCACCAGUGAUAUUAGAACUGACGACAAGAAAUGUUGUUGUAUUGAGGAUAUGUCAUUCUUUUUUUGUAGUCCAAAACAAUCUGACUCAACAACUAGACUGUGCCACGACCAUCAUAAACUUGAAACAAUCGAUCUAAUUGAAGAAGAUGACAGCGAUUCUGAAAAUUCGAAUUGGUUCCAAUUCAACUAUGUAAUUAAAGGUUUCAAAGACUAUAAAUUGAAUGGUUCUUCUGUAACUAAUCUAUGGAUGAAAUAUGCUAGCAAACAAGUUAAUGAUAGUUGAUAUUAGCUAAUUUUAGGUGUAUGCUCUGCUCUGUGUAUGCAAACGUUUUCAAUGUUUCUCGUUAUGAUUAACUGGCAUGCUUAUUUCACAUAUUAUUGAGGAACUUGUGCUCGACGUUUGAUUAUAUGCGGUUUUUAUAAUUAUUAUUUAUUUAUGAAUGGUUAAUGUGAGUAAUCACAGUUAUCACAGUAUUGUAUCUCAAAUUACUGUACUGUAAUUAAGUGGUGACGCAUUUACGUAAUAUUGUUAGAAACCUGGGAAUUAUUUAUUUUAAAUUAUUAGUUUUUAAACCUAUUUGUAAUGAUUAGUUGUCGGCUAUUUAUAGAAAUCAUAAAAAUUAAAUUAUCUGCAUGGAAUGUUUCACUUGAUUA